ACGAAGCCCCGCCCCCUAACGCCGUGUGGUUGGUUGGCUUCGUCGGAGUAGUAUUGUAAACAGUUGCGCUUGAUCUUGCGUGCUGAGAGCGUUGGGGGUUGCGCGGACAUCGAGUGUGGGGCCGAAAACUGUUGGUGUGUGAUAAUCUGAGAACAAAUAUGUAUGCGGACGGGAAUUAGAAAGGAGGAUAAAAAAGUUUGGAUAAAUGCAGAGGUGAUGCUAAGCGCGUGUCGAGUGGACGGAGACAGGAGACGGUAGACAGUGAGUGGACGGGGGUGAGGCAGAGGCGGCCGACACUGCGAGCACCAUUCUGUCUCUCAUGGGUUUAUACGACGGCUCAAGGGCCCCACAGGAUAUGUACUGGUUUGGGCCUACAGAGGGAGCCUAUGACCCUGGAUGCGACCCGUCUCCCACCAUGCCGCAGCUCCACGACCACGCCCACGCCCACGACCACGCCCACGCCCACGAGCAGGCGCCCCUCACGCCCUCCUCCUCCUCGUCCUCCAACUCCUCGGCCUCCUCAGCGGGCGCCUCCUCCUUCGUUAGUCCUGGCAGCGACCGAGCCAACACUUACGUCUCACCUGGCUCUGAUGCUGGCUCGACAGGCGUUGGUUCCCCCGGUGCCAGCCUGUCCUCGGGGGUCGGGCACAGCGGGACGGGGGGCGACGGCAGCGAGGUGUCCUGCGCGGGCUGUUCGAAUCCCAUCAACGACCGCUUCUACCUACGGGCGGUGGAGCGGAAAUGGCAUGCGAACUGUCUGCGCUGCGUCAUCUGCCAAAACUCCCUCGACGACGCGGUGACGUGCUUCGCCAGGGAGGGACAAAUAUUCUGCCGCGACGAUUAUCACAGGUGUUUCAGCAUCAGGCGGUGUGCUCGCUGCUCCCAGAACAUCAGCAGCUCCGAGCUCGUCAUGAGGGCGCGCGAGUUCGUCUACCACGUGCAGUGCUUCACGUGCGCCCACUGCCACGUGCAGCUCACCAAGGGGGACCAGUUCGGCAUGAGCGGCCCCGUCAUCUACUGCAGGGACCACUUCCAGAUGUCCACCCUGCUGGAGAGCGGCUACGUCACCCCCAUGGGCAUGCCCCCUGGUGCCCUACCCGGCGGACCCCUUCCCCCGGGCCCCCACCCCAUGGCCCACCACCCCCUGCACCCCCACCUGCCCCCCGAGAUGCUGCAGGGCUACCCGCCGCCGGAGCAUGGGGGGCGCCUUCCCUGCUUCAACGGGGUGGGCUCGCACGGGAAGGGGCGCCCCAGGAAGAGGAAGCCCAAGGAUGAAACGAUGGACACCAACAUGAGUGAGUAUAUCCCCGGCGGCUACGACCUUGAGGGAGCUUACGGGCCCUUGGGAACCCCCUGCCAAAGCGUGCGGACCAAGAGGAUUCGAACCUCCUUCAAGCACCACCAGCUGAGGACCAUGAAGAGCUAUUUCGCCAUCAACCACAACCCCGACGCCAAGGACCUCAAGCAGCUCUCCCAGAAGACGGGGCUGUCCAAGAGAGUGUUGCAGGUGUGGUUCCAGAACGCCCGGGCGAAGUGGCGGCGACAAAUGGUUUCCAAAGACCCCAAGGCGCUGUCCGGCGGCGAGGGCGGCCUGGGCGACAGCCAGCAGGGCGGCGAGAGCUCGGCGGGGGAGUACCCGAACACGCCCUCGGUGCCGCCCUCCGCCAUGAGCCCCGAGGAAGGGAACAGCUCGCAGAUCUCGUACCAGCAGAUGUUCUGACACCUGUCCUCGCAGGCUGACGCUCACCUGCCGCAGCCGCCCCCGCUGGCCGCCCAGAUGCUCCUGCCCCUCCAGCAGCCCUUCUCGCGCCCGCUGCUCAUGGAGGACCACGCCUCGUCCUCCUCCACGUCCCCCGGCGGCCUCCCUCAUCCCCUCAUGGGCCAGGGCGCCUUCCCGCUACUCUCCUUCCCCGCGGCGGGGGAGGAGGUGGAGGACGAGUCUCUCUUCAGCACUGACGACCAAGCCUCCAGCCAGGACGACUCCAUGUUCCUGGGCAUGCGCUCGCCCAGCUCCCUGGCCGGCGCCCUCGCCAGCCACUCCCCCGACAAGAAGGAGGAGGCGGCGGAGGAAGAGGAGGAGGAGUUUGAGGACGCGGCGAGCGGUAAGGGCGGCCACAGUCCCGGCGGCCAGACCUACCAGGAACUGUACUAGUGGCUGCCGGGGCGGCGCCCACCCGGCAGCGGCCAGGCGGGGCCGCCCUACCGCUGGGCCGCGCGCCACCGCAGCCGCCGCCGCCCGUGCGUGCAGACUUUGUGAGGUCCGGCGCAGUGACUUGCUUCAAGCAUUACAAACAAAGUUCUUUAUAUUGCCAGUCUAUUUAUUGAUAUGAUACGUCAGUGUAGCACUUACGCCCGCCGGGCCGCGGCCGGCGGGGAUUCCAGCGUUUCCAUAUCUCUUAGUCUGUAACUCAGCGGCGUCAACACGCUUCGUCACACAAACACUCGCUUCUCAUGUUCUUCUAAGAAGACCUUCCUAAACCAAAUCUGUGGAGAUUCCCUCGCCCCCGAGGAGCCGCGGGCCACGAGGCGCCCUGCCCGGCACCCACACCUGCAGCCUGUCGCAGCCUGCCCUGGUCUGCCACGGCCCGGUCCGGGCAGCCGGGAGGGCGCGUGGCCCAGCCGGCUCCCUCGGCUCCUCCGUGCGGCUCGCCAGGCGGCUGUCCCAAGGGCAGCGCCCCCCGCCGCCCCGGGCCGCGCGCCGCGCCUCGUUCAUGUUGGAUGUCUCUCUGGUGACUGGAUGUGUAGGUGUACAGUGUAUCAUAUGUGUCAAUGUGACGCGAGCCUCCCCCUCACCCUGGGGCCCGCCGCCGCGGGCUGCCGACGCCACAGACUGUCCGCCAGACUGGACCUCCGCCACGCCCGCCACGGGGCACGCCAAACCCACCCACCUCCCACCCACCCCGCGACGCCCAGCAGCCCGUCGCCGCCACCCCAGGGACCCCCCUCCCCUCACGCCUCGGGAAGUGCACAGUCACACGACUCACCCAGCGCAGCCACUCUCCUCCCACACCCACCAGGCCCCCAUUACCCCCCGACACACACACACACACACACACAUCAUGAGGGAGACAUUUGUGAAGCGUCUCCCUGAAGCAGGACUCCCUUGACUUUUGCCAGUGUUCAUCACGAGAACGAGACGAGAACUUGACCAAUGACCAGUUCGAGACGCGACGACGCCACACGAGCGACUCGACUUCCGGUGAUGACAGACAGUGAUAAAACUAUGAACGAAAAUGCGAGACAGAAAGACAGACACGAUGAAAGGUAGAGACGAGAAGACCGCUGUAAAAGUAGAUGUGUAUAUCUGUAUGUUUGUAUGUAGCGUGAAGAUAAGAUAAACGUGUCUAUUUCCAGAGAUAAAAACUGAUUUAUUUCCCGAGAAGAUACACGAGAGAGAGAGAGAGAGAGAGAGAGAGAGAGAGAGAGAGAGAGAGAGAGAGAGAGAGAGAGAGAGAGAGAGAGAGAGAGAGAGAGAGAGAGAGAGAGAGAGAGAGAGAGAGAGAGAGAGAGAGAGAGAGAGAGAACGAACGAAAGCAAGAAAGGAAGAGGAAUGUAGAUAAAUAAAGAAAAAAUGUAGAUAAGUAGAUUGAUAGAAAGAUAGACAAAGAAAAAGAAAGUAGAUAUAUAAAUAGGAAGUUAGAAAGACAAAAAGAAAACAAGAAAUAUACGUAGAAAGAAAGAAAAAGCGAAGUUAAUCAAUAAAGAGAGAAAAGAAAGGCAAAAAAGAGGGAAGUACUUAAAACAAAAGAGAGGGUAGUACUUAAAACACACACUCACACACACACACACACACACACACACACACACACACACACACACACACACACACACACACUCCCCCUUCCCCCCCAGCAAAUCACAACCCAUUCAACCAACCAACCAAGAAAAAAUCAACCACCACCUACAUUUCGGGACUCGGGAGGAUGAUGAGGGUAGCCCUUAAAACAAAAACACACAAACACAAUCUCCACAUCCCCCCAAGCAAGACAAAACUCAUCCAAACAACCAACUAAGAAAACAACAAAAACAACCAAGAUUUCGAGGUUCGGGAUGAUGAUGAUGAUGAUGGUGAUGAUGGUGAGGGAAGUACUUAAAACAACAACAACAAACGCAAACACAAUCUCCACCUCCCCCAAUCAAGACAAAACUCAUCCAAACAACCAACUAAGAAAAAAACAAAAACAACCAAGAUUUCGAGGUUCGGGAUGAUAAUGAUGAUGAUGAUGGUGAUGAUGGUGAGGGAAGUACUUAAAACAACAAAAACACACAAACACAAUCUCCACAUCCCCCCAAUCAAGACAAAACUCAUCCAAACAACCCAAACAAAAACAGCAACAAAAACAACCAAGAUUUCGAGGUUCAGGUUGAUGAUAAUGGUGAUGAUGAUGGUGACUGAAGUACUUAAAACAACAACAACAAACACAAACACACACUCCACCUCCCCCUGCAAACAACAACCGAUCAACAAACCCAAACAAACAAACAAAAAAACAACCACCACCCAAAUUUCGGGGGUCGGGAGGAGGGUGGCCCGCUGCCCCUGCCACCAAGUCUAUCUAGGUAGCGUGAUUCACCUCCGUGUUGCUCUCCUGCUCUGUACAAAUUAUCCUUUAUCUUUCAAAGUCAAUAAAUCGUCUAAUUUUA